UCAUGGGGCCCCCGGGCAAUAGGGCAUCAUGGGGCCCGUGUCCUUGCCCAAACUCAAAAAAGCCUAUGAAAAAGGUACCAGGGGCAUCUCAUGGGCCCCCCUACUGACCCCGGGCCCUCGGGCAGUGCCCGAGUUUCCAAAUGGUCAGUCCGCCCCUGUUUGUGAGUAUAAUUUAUGAUGAAUAAUCUAAUCCUUUCAUGCUGCUAUGAAUAUGAAUCAAAACCGUGUACUCAACCAAACAAGGAAACAAAAAUAUGAUUCUACAUACACUAGGUUGCCAAAGUAUUG